AUGAUCUCAAAGAAACCAGUUCCGUGUUCUGUGCCACUAUACUAACAGUCCAAAUGCGUUCAAGCCUCUGUUUGUAAAAAUCAAUACGCAUCAUCAACAUGGACACAUGACAUGUAGCAGGUGCAUUUUUGUCACUUUUGGUGGCAUUUUUGCCCCGAGCCCCCUUCAUUUCUGACCCUUGGCCAUUCAGCAGAGUUUAACUUUGAGCAAUAAAGUGCUUGGAUCUGCCAUCCACUUCAUCCUUACAUCAACCGCUCCUACAUUACCUCAUCGUGACGAUGACACCACAGAGGAAACACCUGGUGAGGGACUUCAAUCAUUUCAUCACCUGUUAUAUCUGUAAAGGGUACCUGAUCAAGCCUGCCACCGUGACAGAGUGCCUGCACACCUUUUGUAAAAGCUGUAUAGUGCAACAUUUUGAGGACAGCAAUGAGUGUCCAAAAUGUGGUAUCCAGGUUCAUGAAACAAAUCCUGUGGAGAUGUUAAGGCUGGAUAACACUUUAGAAGAAAUCAUAUUCAAACUUGUGCCUGGUCUUAGAGAAAAGGAAUUGCAGCAAGAGAUUGAAUUCUGGAGGAGAAACAAGUCAAAAGAAAAAGUUGAUGAGGAUGGCCCUAUAUGUAAGAGAGCCAAACUAGAUAAUGAGGAGGAUGAUAAAGGUGAUGGAGACUACCACAGGAGUGAUCCGCAGAUAGCCAUCUGUCUAGACUGCUUGUGGAACAAUGGCCAAAUGGGGGAGAACAUUGUUAAGGGCUUAAUGAAAAAAUAUAUUUGCUGCUCAUCUAGAGUGACUAUUGGAACAAUCAAAAAGUUUUUAAGUCUGAAGUUAAAUCUUCCGACUUCUUAUGAGCUAGACGUUCUAUGCAAUGGUGAGAUCAUGGGCAAAGACCAUACCAUGGAGUUCAUCUACAUGACCCGCUGGAGGAUUCGGCGAGAAAAUGCCUACCCAAUGGUGCUUGAAUAUCGACCACGCAUUGACUUUGGCUAGGCUGAAAUACCUUGCACGAAUUUCAUCAACAGACAGCAAACUGAAUGGACUUGUCCAGUUUGGAAGAUGGACUCUUGUGUUAAACAUCUUACAGCUGCUCUCUUAUUAGGAUAUCUGACAACCUCAUUUUCUAACACAGAGACAGAUACUGUUAGAAAGAUCUGUUAGCUUAAUGCAGUCUGUGAAAAGAUUUUCACACACCAUGGGGAUGUCAUUCAUUGAUAUGUGUCUUAUUCCAUGCUGUAGUUUAUUUAGCAAGUUGGCACACCAGUCAUUUUUGAGGGCCUUAAUCAAUAUGCAUAUUACAACAAUAGGAUUUUAGUGCCUUUAGUACAUUGUCUUAAGUGCAUUUUUUUGUGUUGGCUUUUUAGCCUUUAUUUUUAUAGGACAGAUAAGAGAGACAGAAAGUUGAAGAAGAGAGGUGGAGUUAGCACAUGACUCAAACCUUGGUCGCCCGUGAGCCAGUGGCUCUUAAGCCUAGUACACACACUACGACUUUAUCGCCGCUAGUCGCUACUAUUAAGUCACUCCUGGGCUUUCCUAUUGCUGUUGCUCUUUAUUGGUGGCUGCUUGUCUGGCCAUAUCAUUACAAAUUGUGAUCAGAGAUAAGAUGAAAACCAAGAUUUAAUUCUAAUUUGACAAGGAAUUCAUUUUCUAACAUUCUGCUGUUGUUACAUAAACUACAGCAGCGCUCAGUGCAUUUAAUCAUUAACCAGAUUAGUGAUCUAUGUACAAAAUGUACAUCUCUAACCCACUCAAACUGACAAUCAUUUCUAAAAUGUCAUUCUAUUUUGACAAAUAAUCAGUUAUCUUGUCCCUAAGUCGCUUUGGAUAAAAGUGUCUGCCAAAUGCAUAAAUGUAAAAGAAACAUUCUGCAGGGGAUAGUGUUUUAAUAUGAAUUGCAGCAGUGCCCAUUGCAUCAGAUCACUAACAAGAUGAACAAACUAUCAAUUUACGAAUCAAACUCACUCAGACUGCCAAAACUUUUCUUUCCACUCAUCAUUUUUUAUUAUUUCCAUGUACUGUAUAUGGUUACAGGCAACUCAUGUAGAACAUUAAAAAUGCUCCUAGAAAUGACAAUUUCUCCUCUGUCUUGUCGUGUCUGCACUCGACUCCAUUAUCUCAAAGGACGAAUGAUGUGAGCUCCACUGAACGACGCCUUCACUCCUAUUGGUUGUUGUUCCCGAAUGUCGCUCACUAUUUGCAUAAAGUUAAACUUUUCUGAACUUUGUCGUGUCGCUCGCCGUGCCCACAUCUAGUCACCAGAGAUUGCUGUCGCUCAUGUCGCCAGAAGUCGCCAGCUCUCAUUAUAAAUUAAUGGGAUUGUGUCACUUUGUCGCUGGAAGUCGCUGCAUGUGUGUAAUGGCCUUUACAGUAUAUGUCAAAAGCACUACCAACUGCAGCACAGCUUUGACUAAUUAAGAGUAUUUGUGGACAGAUUUGAAUAAGAGUAGAUUUCCAAAGUAAAAUAUGUUUAAAGGUGUCCUGUCAUGUCAUUAAUCAUUAAUCUUCAUUAAUCAACAUAAGCUCUUUGCUUGGCUCUUGGCUCGCCUGUUUUGGAGCAAUGUAUGUUGUUAUAUAGCUUCCUUUUGUCCGGAUAGGAAUUGUAACUGUGUGCUUUAGCUGUGCUGAGAUUAGCACAGAUUUUUAACAAUACAAGAAGUCAUCAAUGGAGGAUUUGUCAUUUAUUUAUUUAUUUUUGGUUGGAAAUAAAUCAAAUCCAAUUUUGUUGACAGUACAUUCAAAAGCUGUGUGCAAAACUGUGUUCUUGGGUACCAUGAGUCACUGCGGAAAGCAUACAAUAACAAUUUACAUUCAGAGCUUACUUUGGUUUGAUUUCACAGAAAAUGUUUGGCUUCUGACAUUCACCCUUUUAAGUUCACUUGUCUGUAAACAUGAAUUGAAGGUCCAGCUAUGUCUGUGAAAAUGCUACUUGCACAGACGACAUAUUUUUUUGGGAUAUAAAUGUCUUGUAGGACAUUCUUCAUACUAUCAGUGACUCUUGGUUUGACAUGGUGAUCCAAAAUGAUCACACUGGAAAUGUAAGCAUAAGCGUAGUUCUAGCAGCAAGAUCUCAUGAUUCAUUCUAUCAGGCAUCUCAUUCAAUCACAACAUAGCUUCCAUCUAUAAGCCUGCUAGCUGCCUCUGAUUGUUCACAUACUUCCAUGUUUUCACCCCCCAUCCCACCCCAUCUCCACCAGAUUAGGUCCCAUCCUGGGUGAGGGUUAUCUGAUUGGAUAAAAAAUUAUCCAAUCAGAAUUUAUUCCUCGAUGCUUACAAGCAAAGUGUGCUAACUUUUUCACAAAUCGCAUGCCCGAAGCCGAAGCAGUGCGUGAGUCUGGUGUCAGGCCUUCAUAAUUGCCACAGAAUCCUCCAACACUGCAGUGAAUAGGCAUCUAAAGUCAGAUUGUCAGAUUCAUCAGCCAAUCAGAUUUGACUUAUUUGUUCUUGUGGGUGUGGUCUUUAGGAUAUGUCCCAGUCCAGGCCUUCUAGCUGGCCUUAAUUGACGUAAUCUGAUGUAAGUAAUUUGAAAGUGAAGAGCGCAAGAUCUUGCAGAAAUGUCAUAUACAUCAGCACUGCACUUUAUUAAUCAUCUCACACUGGACUGUCAUAAUUAUAUUCUCCUCAAUACAACUACUGUAUAUAUAUUUUUUAUAUACUCUUUAUUUUUAUUUUUUAUUGUAUGUGUAUUCUAUAUUGUGUGUAUUGUUUAUGGUACAUUGUAUAUUAUUAUUGUGUUGUGUAGUUGUGUAUAUUAGAUGUCUAAAUUGUGUUGUGUAAAUAUGUUGUUUAUUGUAAAUUGGUAUAUGUCUCGUCACUGUCAUGACUGCUAUGUUGCUCAGAACUGCACACAAGACUUUCACCUACUGUUGCACUUGUGUAGAUGGUAGUGUGACAGUAUUUUGAUUUGAGUCGGCUGUUAUCACUGCUGGUAUUGCCGUUACGAAAGCGAUCCUUAUGGAUUUAAAAACAUGAGAUGUUC